AUGGUAGUUGGGCAUAACAAAUGUGAGGACACGGCAGCUGCUCCUUUCAUAACGGUGUACGGCAGCGACUGGAGGUGCAGGGAUGUGUACACCAUGUAUGGCCUCACGCUGCAGCAGUUCUCAUCCAUGAAUCCGGGCGUUGACUGCUCUGCUCUUCUUCCCCAGGGUCAGAUGCUCUCUGUUCGCGAGCUGCUCACUCCCUGCUCUGCCUUCUACCACAUCCAGCCUAACGACACAUGCUCCUCGGUCGCUCUGUUUCUAGUCAUCUCCGAGCAAUACCUGCGUGGUCUCAACCCCGGCGUCACCUGCUCCUCACGCCUGCCUGCGUUCCGUUCCCUCUGCGUGGAGCGAGAUCCAUCCAAGGCCAAGGUUGCUUGCUCCACCAAAGUGCCCAUCCCCGCGGUUAUAGACUACCAGCUGUUUGCAGCCGAGAAUGGAGUGUCCAUGGUGACCUCUGCAGGCUCAACCCCUGGUUGUCGUUCCGCGAUUCCCCCCGCAACACUGAUGAGCUUUGCGUGUCUGCCUUUUACGGAUAAGCACCCAUCAGCGGCACCACUGCAACCACCAGCGACGCCAUUGCAUCUUCCUCGUCUCAGUCGCUUUGGCAAGCAAUAUCAGCCUCUUGGGCGGACAUUAUUGUAG